UCUCCUGAGACUGGCCGAGCCUCUGACGUUCAGCGAUGCCGUGCAGCCGGUUGGGUUGCCGCCAGACAACAAGGAUAUUACGAAAAUGAUUACGUGGGAGUUACACAUACCGUUGCUGGAAAAGGAAUGCGUGAGGGAAAUUUGUUGAAAGUAAAUGUAAUGCCAAUCAGCAAGGAGGUCUGCCUGAGCUACAUACCUCUCGCAGUACGGAUAUUCAUGUAUUCGAACAGGCACGUAUUUGAUGACUACAUCUGCGCUACCCGGGAGAACCAACACGAUUAUGGCCACGACUUGCCCGGAUUAAGUCAGGGCGCAUCCGGCAGUCCUCUCGUGCACCAAGGCGAGCUGGCGGGGCUGGCAGUUGCGCGCGGCGACCCCUGGCAAUCAAAUCUUUUCACUUUUCUCAAAAUCGGAAAACAUACUGAAUGGAUCCGUUUCAUCACGGGAAUUACACCCGAUUAUUCGCAGUAUACGACUCCUGCAAAAUCUACUUAUGAUUGGGGUCCGGAGAGGGAGGAGGAGGCUCAGAAGGCACCUUGGGAGCCUCAAUACGAGUAGUAUUGUACAUUACGAUACAAGUGCGGAAAAAAGGAAGUUCGAAACGCGUAGCGAUAAAUUAGAACACGACCGAAAGAGCGUUUUAAAUGGACACGAGUUACGAAUUUCCUUUUCGCACGUGUGUUGUACGACGUUUUUCUGAAGUUUCUCAUAGGUAAGCGUGCUCCACCGUAAACCGCAUCAUCACUUACCAGGUGUGAUCGUGGUCAAAAGU